UUCUAGUGUAGUUGUCCAAUGACAUGUUUUUAAUUUGUUUGAGGCAUAUGACUUAUCAAUUUUAACAAUUGGUCAUUAGUUAAUUUUAAAUUAGUCACUGCCUAAUUUUUUCUGCAAUAAACUCUGAAUGUAUACUCUGAUUGUAUUAUUUUAUUUAUAUUUACUUGAAGGUAUACCAUAUGGUGUUCAAUCACGAUUUCUACCUCUUAUAUUUCGCAAUAAAGGUCUCUCACUUACUUCAUUAGGUCUACAUAAACUCCUUCAUAUUCCUUGGCUACUUAAAAGCUUUUAUGCUCCGGUAAUUGACAGACAUGUGAACAAAAGAGUGUGGUUAUUUAUCACUUUCAGUGGUUUGUUUUUUUGCACAGUCUUAUUACUUCACGAAUGUGAACAAUUGGUCAGUGGAAACAAUUAUUUCAUGUUCACUAUUUCUUCUUGUCUUUUUAUGUAUAAUUUUUGGGCAGCUUCACAAGACAUUACUGUUGAUUCACUGACCUUGUCCACCUUAACAUCGAGUCAAAUCUCUUUAGGGAAUACUAUACAAGUUGUUGGCUACAAAUGUGGAGCUAUUAUUGGCGGUGGAUUUCUUGCUUGGUUAUCAGCUUUUGUAGAAAUCAGUUAUCUUUUCAUAUCACUUAGUUGCUUAUAUGCUAGUGGGAUGUGCUUUUGUUUGAUCGGAAAGUAUUGGAAAUUUUGUAAUGUAAAACAAUUUCACGAAAAAACGUAUAUUCAAGUAAAUGAGAAUGAGAAUUCAGACGAUGAACAAAAUUUAACUAUUGUGUCAAAACGAUAUUCGUACACAAAAGCCUUCAAAAUUGCCCUGGGUCAUUCAGGUGGUUCACGUUGUCUUAUUGUUCUUCUGUUGAUUUAUAAACUUGGAGAGCAAGGAUCUAUGAAUAUGCUACCUUUGAUGCUUUUAGAUAGAGGAUUUUCUCUAUCUAAAGUUGGAUUUUGGACAGGUGUUGUUGGACAGUUGGCAUCUAUAAUUGGGUCUACAUCUGGAUACUAUAUCCAGAAAAAGCUCAGAUCUCCACUAACUUCAGUUCUAAGCCUGAUGAUAAUUCGGGCUUGUUUACAAUUCCCUCUAACAAUGAUUGCUUUCAAAUCUAUUUGGAUAAGUGCACCUAACGUUUAUUUCUGGAUAGGUUGUUCAUUUAUGAAUAUUUUACUAGUUGUGAGUGGAGGGAUUACAACAAUUAUGUUCACGUUGAUGAUGCAUUGUACAUGUUCUGAAUCAUCUAAAGCCUAUCAAGCAACUCAUUAUUCUAUAUUAAGUACAGCAGAAUUAUUAGGAAAACUUUUAUUUGGUACAAUAGCCGCAUAUUUUACAGAUGUAUUUGGAUAUGGAGUUGCUUAUUUGUGCUUUUUAAUUUUAUCUAUACUUCCAAUUCUAUAUGUUUACAAAUGUUCUGGGAAAUUUCGAUUUUCUCCCUAAAUGGUUAUUUAACUAGAUUUGACAAUACUGUUUGUUGUUAUGUCAACCAAUCAACUUUCAAUUAGUCGAAAAACGUGCUGAAAAAACUUUUAAAUCAAACCGAUAUCAGUCAUAUUAAAUACAAACAGACCAUCUUUUAUGCCUAUCAAAUACUGAAGUCUCCUGUCCUUUUUUAAAGUCAUAUGGUUUAUCACUUUAACAAUC